CAGAAGCAAUAAUAUGUUAGUGUGACACCUCCGUAGCUUGCUAGACAAAAAAGCAGAAACAAUAAAGCUCUUUAAAAGCUUUCGUGUUUAUUUGCUGCUGUGUUUUAAACCCACGUUUGUCGUUUAGUUAGUUAUCCGAUUUGAUUUCAUAUUUACGGUAUUGUUAUUAGUCAGCGAGCGGUCUGGUUAAAUUAGCAUUAGCCUAGCUAACAUCUCCGACCAUGCGGUCACUAAGCCACUAUCCUGCUAAAGAAGAGGGAGAUAUCACAGUAAAACAAGAAGUAGAGGGUGAGGCCGUUACUGUGAAAGAAGAGGAAGACGCGUUCAGAGUGUUAGAGGAGGAUGUUAGAGUAAAAGAAGAGGAUUAUGCAGUUUAUGGCGUGAAAGAGGAGGAGGAGAUGACUCUUACAUCGAAACAGGAGGAGGAAGAAGAGGAUGAAACUGGAUAUCUGGGCCCUGUUUCCCAAACGCAUCUUAAGGCAUCCAAUGGUUCUAACGAUGAAUUUAGCCAUAAGAUGGUUUUGAGAAACCGUUCCCUGAUUAACACUAGAGAGAUACGGGACUAUCGUGGAUCCUCUGGGGAGCCUCAACAACUUAAUGAUGCUGAGGCAGAGAAGAGUCUCUCCGGAUCAGAACACCUCAAUAAACACCUGCAGAGAUCUCACUGCUUCUCUGACUGUGGGAAGAGAUUCACCUCAUCUGGCAUUAACAUUCAUCAGAGAGUCCACACAGGAGAGAAACCUUAUAGCUGUGGUCAAUGUGGGAAGAGGUUUACUCAGUCAACCGGCCUGAUAUCACACCAGAGAAUACACACCGGAGAUAAACCUUAUAGCUGUGUUCAAUGUGGCCAUCUGACAUCACACAAGAGAACACACACAGGAGAGAAACCUUAUAGCUGUAAUCAGUGUGGGAAGAGUUUUACUGAGUCUGGGGCUCUGACUAAACACCAGAGAACACACACAGGAGAGACACUUUAUAGGUGUGAUCAAUGUGGGAAGAGUUUUGCUACAUCUGGUCGUUUGACUUUACACCAGAGAAUACACACAGGAGAGAAAUCUUAUGCCUGUGAUCAAUGUGGGAAGAGUUUUACUCAGUCAACCAACCUGAUAUCACACCAGAGAACACACACAGGAGAGAAACCUUAUGCCUGUGAUCAAUGUGGGAAGAGUUUUACUCAGUCAACCAACCUGAUAUCACACCAGAGAAUGCACACUGGAGAGAAACCCUAUAGCUGUGGUCAAUGUGGAAAGAGUUUUACUACAUCUAGCUAUCUGACUCUACACCAGAGAAUACACACAGGAGAGAAACCUUAUAGCUGUGGUCAAUGUGGAAAGAGUUUUGCUACAUCUAGCUAUCUGACUCUACACCAGAGAAUACACACAGGAGAGAAACCUUAUAGCUGUGUUCAAUGUGGGAAGAGUUUUGGUCGAUCUGGCCAUCUGACAUCACACCAGAGAACACACACAGGAGAGAAACCAUAUAGCUGUGAUCAGUGUGGGAAGAGUUUUACUGAGUCUGGGGGUCUGACUAAACACCAGAGAACACACACAGGAAAUAAACCUUAUAGCUGUGAUGAAUGUGGAAAGAGUUUUACUACAUCGACCCAUCUUAUUACACACCAGAGAACACACACAGGAGAGAAACCUCAUAGCUGUGAUCAAUGUGACAAGAGAUACUCUGAUAAAAGACAUCUGAUCAAACAUCAGAAAAAACAUACAUGAGGGAGUUGUUUCA